CUUACAUCAUUCGAUAUAGCUAAUGAGGCUUCACCAUGAAUUCACUUUUCCUCAGCAGUUGCCCGAUCUGUGAAAAAGUUUACUCGCAGGAGCACUCAUACAACCGUCACGUCAAGUACUGUCAUCGUGCCCAGGCUAAUCGCAAAGGCCGGCCAAAAUCCUGCAUUGCUUGCAGUACAGCCAAGACCAAAUGCAGUUUUUCCAACCCGUGCUCUCGCUGUGAGAUGAAAGGCUUAGAAUGCACCUAUGCCCAGCCAAGGCGAAACAGCGAGCGACCGCAGCAGCCGCCGAGGGCAAUGAAUAUUGAACAUCCUCUUACUCCAGACACGCUGUCAACCGUGGCUUGGUCGGCCAAUCCCUGUGACCCACCGAUUGAGCAGGGUGGCUUGGUAAUUGACAACAGUAUCGGAAUGCUUGCUCCUUUCAAUAAUCUCACAGAGAUAAGGAAAUUGAAAGGAGCUGUCGACGUCAGCGACCAGCCACUGAACUUCGUUUCCCGAACAGCACAAAAUUACCCCUUCGACAACACGGCAUUCCAGCAAGUAGCCGUAAGAGAUCUCAAUCACCUUCCCUAUAAAAAUCCUACAUUAAAACAAGCCGCAACGCUUAUCGUGCACACACUCUAUGCCUUCCCACAGAUGAUGCUUCGCCGACAGACUUUUCCGCCAUUCAUUCAUCCUCAUUGGCAUAAACCAUGUCUUCCAGAGAAAUUGGCAAGUUGCAUGAGCAUUGCUCAACUUUUUGUGGCGAGAACACCCGAGACCCGGCUUUUUCUUUGGCGUAUAAUCGAGGCAGAAGAGCAGCGAUUCCGAGAUGAGGUGAUGGGACUAUCUGCUCGCGAGAUUCAGCCUGCUGUUCAAGCCAUGAUUAUUUACAUGAUCAUGGCAAUCAUUGAUCAAGAUGCUGAGACUCAGGAACGUGGGGCAAGAAUGCUUGAGACAGUUGAAAUUCUCAGCUCGCGAUUUCGUGGGCUUGUGGAUGGCUACUCAAAGACCGAACAAGCCGAGCCAAGUUUGAUGUGGGAAGAUUGGGUGUUUGCCGAAUCACGUAGACGUGUGGCAUGUCUCUGGUUCAUAAUCAGCUGUGUCAUUGCCAUCGAUGUUGAGAUUCCCUGUUCCGGGUGUGGUCUCUUAGAGGACCUGCCCCUUAUAUCAAACAAAACGCUCUGGGAGGCGCGAAGCCGAGAAGAAUUUCACGUGGAAAAGGCAUUUUACGAUGUGAGCGGUCCCAUGGUCACCUUAGGUGAGCUCGUCAAGGUUAGAAAGAACCAAACCGACCCGUUGAGUGCUCAAAAGUUGCAGACUUGGGAAGCUGGCAGUGAUAAAAUGGCUGUUCUGUUAAAUAUUGCCACGGACUUUGUUUGGACACAGAUGCUUUGAAUGAGA